GGGAGGCAAGGCGCACUGGGCGGCGGCGCAGUCUGCACCAUGGCGUACCCGGGGCACCCUGGCGCCGGCGGCGGGUACUACCCAGGUGGGUAUGGAGGGGCUCCUGGAGGGCCUGCGUUUCCAGGACAAACUCAGGAUCCACUGUAUGGUUACUUCGCUUCCGUUGCUGGACAGGAUGGGCAAAUAGAUGCUGAUGAAUUGCAGAGAUGUCUGACACAAUCGGGCAUUGCUGGAGGAUAUAAACCUUUUAACCUGGAGACCUGUCGGCUUAUGGUUUCAAUGCUGGAUAGAGACAGGUCUGGCACAAUGGGGUUCAAUGAGUUUAAAGAACUCUGGUCUGUACUGAAUGGCUGGAGACAACACUUCAUCAGUUUUGACAGUGAUCGGAGUGGAACUGUGGAUCCUCAAGAAUUGCAGAAGGCGCUGACAACCAUGGGAUUUAGGUUGAAUCCCCAAACUGUGAAUUCAAUUGCAAAACGAUACAGCACCAGUGGAAAGAUCACCUUCGAUGACUAUAUUGCCUGCUGUGUCAAGCUGAGAGCACUCACAGAUAGCUUUCGAAGACGGGACACUGGUCAGCAAGGCAUGGUGAAUUUCUCAUAUGAUGAUUUCAUUCAGUGUGUCAUGACCAUUUGAGAGGAAGCUGCUGGAAGUCAAUCAACAUUCCACCUGGAGUUCGCAUUUGCUUACUCUUUGCCUUCAGUACCAUGUGUAGCUUACAUGGCUACUUCCCCUGACAGCUCUUGUAAAGGUCUAUUACAUUACACACAACUGAAGUUUGGGUUUUAGUUUUGAUAAUAAAUUUUUUGGAACUUAGUAAGAUCAAGUGUGUUAUACCACCUAGAACUUCCUUGAGCUAAUAUCAGUCAUAUCUUAUUUUCCUACUAAGCCUCUUUUAUCAUAAAUUUGAGUAUACAAAAUGUUUAAGGCACAUUAUUUACGUUUCAUUAUGAGAUAUGAAACACUUAAUCAGGCUACAAUUGUUAUCUUUCAAUGUGGUUGAAAGUUUUGUGUGGAACAUUCUUCGGUAAAUGAUAUACACCCACUUGAAUGCAAAAAAAAAAAAACAGUAAUCCAUGUUAGAGUUUACCUUCCUAGAAAGUUAGCAGCACAGGAUUUAGACUUACACAUAUUUUCAUGGCCUUGUGAAUGGACAGGGAACAUUGAGUGAUUAUUUUCUGCCUUUUUAAAAUGUAUGGAUAAUUUGAGUGGCAAAUACUGUCACCAAGUCCCUCUUUGUCAUCAUCCAUUCAAACCUUUGUUAACUAUACUUAAGAAUCUUAUAUGCUAUAAGCUUAACUAUGUAAAAAGAAAGUUCAUAGAAAAAGACUAAGGGAAUAUAUGAAAAUAUUAACUAUAGUUAUUUUUGGCUAAUGGGAUGCUUCAUGACUAAUUUUCUUUAUGCAUUUCAGUGUUUUCCAAAUUUUGUAUAAGAUAUAUGCUUCAAUUUUAAAGUCAAAGAUGUAUUGAUUUUAAAAAUAUUGAUGCAUCCAAUUUAGUUAUGUCAUGUGUUUAUGCUUUUAAAAACACACAGCUAAAAGACUUAAAUGAGUGUCCUAAAGUGUUAAUCUCGCAUCAGGAUCAUGGGUUUGUUUUCUUCCUUCCUCCUACUUUCCCAAAUAGUCUCUAAUAAACAGGUAUUGAAUAUAUAUAUCAAUAUCAAUUUAAACAAUAAUAUUUUUAAACCAUGCGCUUUCAGUAAGAUCUGGAUUCUAAUGCUGGCUGCACCUUUUACUGUGUGGUUUGAUUAUUUUAGAUAACCCCUAGGGUCUUAGUUUCCCGUCUUUGAAAAGGAGAUAGCACUUACAUCUUGGUAGUUCUGAACAUGAAAAGGUGUGUUGGUAUAACAAGCAGAAACAGCAUUUCUGAUUCUUAAAUUUAAAACUGUCCUGAUUUGCCUUUGUUUUUUUUGGGGGGGAGGGGGUUUUGGUUUGUUUUUUGUUUUUGUUUUUUUUUUGCAAGAAAGCUUAACAGAUUAAAAAAAAAUGAUGCUAUUAUAGUUCCUCCUUGCUGGCAGUGUAUCUGUCUUACUUGAGGGCACAAUGUGAGCAUUACCAUUCAAAUGAACAAUUAGUUAUCAACUAAUGAAAAUAAAAGUUUUCUUAAGUCUC